CUCAUCCGCAAUUCAUUCUUCUUCUUGCAAAGUUUAAUAUCCAUCGAUUAUGAGCCAGAAAUACAAGGUGACAAUGGAAACUGUCGAGGACACGGGUGAACCCAUGAUACGAGACGGCAGCAAGCCCACAUUUGAUCUCGACGUACUCGGUCAUCCAUCGCACGACGCAAGAGCUCCUUCUGAGGAAGAGAACCUUAGCUGGAAAGAGGUGGAUAAGAUGGAAGAAAAAGCACGUCAGGAGCGACAAAACAGUCAAGACGAGCAAAACAAUGCGCAUGAAACGGCACAAAUGGUUGAUGACUUUAUCCGCUAUCGAAAAUAGUUAGCGAAAAUACAAAAAAAAAAAAAAAAAAA